AUGUCAAAAUUUUCGCUCCAAGGUCGAACUGCGCUGGUGACAGGAGGUGCUCGAGGCUGUGGAUUGGCCUUUGCACGCGGGCUGGCAGAGGCAGGGGCGAACGUGGCAAUUUUCGAUGUGAUAGAUCCGAACCCUGCAUUCUACGAUAUCGAAAAGGUUUGCAGUGUUCGUACAGCUUACUACAAAGUCGAUGUUUCGUCGCAGGAGUCCCUUGAAAAUGGUUUCGCCCAAUUCCAGAAGGACUUUGAUAAUGCCCUCGAUAUCUGCGUCCCAUGCGCGGGAAUCAAUCGCCAUCUCCCUUUCCUGGAAUUCACCUAUAAAGAACACCACGAUCUAAUAUCGAUUAAUGUGCUCGGGCUCUACUUCACUGCUCAGUUGGCGGCAAAACAAAUGAUCGCGAACGGAACGAAGCAUGGGAGCAUCGUCUUGGUCGCCAGUAUGGCCAGUCAUAUUGCAGUGAGAAGCCAGCUGUGCAGCGCAUACUGCGGUACCAAAGGAGCUGUGCGAUCCAUGUGUCCUGCGAUUGCGAAAGAGCUGGCGGAAUAUGGCAUCCGAGUUAAUUCGGUUUCUCCUGGAUAUGUACGGACAGAGAUGACCGCAGCUUUCCCGCAUCUUGUUCAAGGCUGGAAGUCCGAAGCCAUGAAUGGCCGAAUAGCUGAGCCAGAAGAUAUCAUGGGAGCGUGUGUUUUCUUAGCUAGCGAUGCCAGUGCGUACAUGACGGGCCAGGAUAUCGUUGUGGAUGGGGGUGUGACCCGGUGGUAGUGAACAGUGAAGAUAGAACAGGAGUGGGGGUUGACACAUAUGUGGACCCAGCAGGAUCAUAUAUAUA